AUGACAAUUCUGCGUUACGACUUUUCAGAGCCACAGUCCGGAAAAGACAUCUGUGACCGAAAGACCGUUCCUAUGAAGGCACACCUACGACGAUGGGUCAAUGAAAAACACAAUGUCAUCACUGCGGAAGACAUGAAGACAGCACUAGAGUCGCAUGGAGGAGUAAAAGGAGUCAGGGCGGCAGUUGUCAAAGUGGACACUAAUAAAGAAAUCACCGCCAACAAGAUACCAUGUAUCAGCCUUCUUAACAACUUUUCGUUUGAGGAAAACGGAAUACGCGCUUGGCGUGCAUUCAACGUUGGACCCGCAGAUUCUUAUCAUACAGUCAGCUUGAAGUUGUACCACAGGAAGAAACUGGAUUGAAAGUCCUAAAGGAGUGGGGUCCACGUAGCAACAAUCUUGGCUCAGUUAGCCAUGCUUCCAGUCCACGAGGAGAAAUAUUCUUAUGCAGUGAAAGUACAUACGUGCUAACGUUCAAGACUCGAGAAGAAGCGGAAGCUCAAAUGGACGCAGGGAAGCAUGUACGUACGUCAGAUCUAGAUUGUGAGUCUGUGUACGAUGCGCGGCACGAAAAGAAGUGGGCUGACCGAGUCGGAGAGAUGCAUGUGGCUACCGGAGAUAGACAGCGAAUUGCAUUUGAAGAAGCCGGGCCUUCCAGUGCUAGAGAACACCGUAAUAAAGGGUGGGCGCUUAAAUCAACUAAGCGGACCAACAGGAUGGAAAAGAAAGUAAAAGCCUUUCUUGUUCAGAAAUUUAACCAAGGAGUAGCGGGAGGGCAAAAGGCUGAUCCAAUUCACGUGGCUAGAGAGAUGAAGAGUAUUAGAGAUAGCAGUGGAACGUUACAAUUUAAACCAGACGAAUGGAGAACCGCUCAACAAAUUAGUAACUUUUUCGCAAGGAUGUCAGCGUUGCAGCGCCAAAGACAAGCUGAUGAAAUAGAGAGCCAGGAGGAGGAACAAGAAGUAACAGACGAAGACCUCAUAGCCCUUGAAUCAGAAGGCUACAUUCAAGCCAUACGCCAGGAGGUUUACAGAGACAUUGAACAAAAUAUCAGUCACCCUAUUAAAGUAGAAGCAGUAAACGUUUGUGAACUUUCGCGUGCUGGAAAGCUCAGUUCGCUGAAGUUAGCACAGUUGAGAGAAGUAUGCAGAGCAUUAAGUCUGCGAACAAAUGGUAGCAACUCAAGAAAACGUACUUUUACUGAACCACUUGAUGCCUACACUAAGUUGUGCUCAUGUCGGAAAUAA